AUGGCGUUUUCAAUGCGUUUUAGUACGGAUCACCAAACUUUCUCAUAUACUCUUAUUGAGUGCUUAUACAAACCUAAUCCCAGAAAUGCAAAUACUGUUUGCUACAGUGUCAACGGACAAGUUAUUGAUAUUGAUACCUGUUCUACAUUUAGUACAAAAACAAGAGAGUGUCAAAGGGGAGAUAAAGCUUUACCAUCAGGUGAUUACACAAGAGGAAUAGAUAUGGAUGCUCUGAAAAAACUUUUCACAACCAAAGAAGCUAUAAAGAUAGCUUGCAAAUCAACUAACAAAGAAAAAUACAGAGCCGCAGCAGUAUGUAUAGCUGAUUCUUAUCGACAUUGUGCUGAUAAUGAUUUUAAAACCUUGAUACUAACUGGUGAGAAGUAUGGAGAAGCUAUUGAUUUUGCAUGUGAUAAUGAGACCGCCGAUCAUAUUUUGAAUUGUUUGAGUGAUUCCUACAAUGACUGUACCGCAAAUAAGAUUGCUAGAGGAAGUUACACAACAUCAAUUGACAGAUCAAAACCAUUCUCUGACUAUAAGGAAUAUUAUUGUGGAGUUGCGCAGAUUGAAGAAGAAUGUGCACGAGAUGAUAUUGAUGUACAAGAAUGUUUAGACACUGGAACUUAUGAUAAAUUUGUACAACUGAGAAAUAUUUUAAGACCAACAGCUUGUGGUGCAUCAGCCAUAAUUUUCACAGCUUCUUUACUAUUUGCCUCCCUUAUUGCUUCCCUUUUCCAUUAA